UCGUCAGAGGCCCCUCCGCGUCCCUCGCUCUCUGCUUCGCCCAUCUCAUGUGAUACAGUUAUUUUAUAUCUCUUACUUUCUCUAGAUCCAAACACCCCUGUAAUGUAUUGUGACCUGCCCCUCUUUCUCUCUCUCUGUGUCUCGCUCUGUGUGAUUUUCGCGUCUGCGGGGAAAGCUUAAGGCACUCCUAAUCCCUCUACCAUUGAAACAAGGAGGGAAGGCCAUGUGAGCUGUUUGAACCGGAGUGUUUCAUUUGUAGUUUUAUCGGUGUGCGCCAAAUGGGUAAAUGCAAGGGUUGUGGCAAAUUAGGAAGAAUGGUGCCAAGGGAUGAGUCUGUGAACGUGUACCAUUUUUCUCUUUUGCUAUCUCCUGUUGUUUCUGUCUGGGAUUGUGUUGUCCGGAAGAGGAGGUAUUCCUACAGACCUGAGUGGGUGUAGUUGUGAGGCUUCUGAGAUAUUAUAAGUUUUUCUAUACUGAAAUAGUUAGUAAUCAUUAAGGUAUUAAACAAAGGAAAAAUAAGAUAGAGAAGGAAACAUAAUUAUAGGGAAAUGUACACGUUUUAGAGGAUUUCUCUUUAAGAUAAAAAGUAGAGCAAAGAGGAUAAUAUUUAUAGGUUGGUAGUUUUCAUGGAUAGCAUAGUGUGUAAUAAAGUGCAACCUGUUGUGAGGAAAGUGAAGAAGAAGCAGGUGAAAGGAGAGUUAGAUCGUCUCAAACAGGCUGAGAAGAAAAAGAGGCGUUUGGAGAAAGCCCUUGCUACGUCUGCAGCCAUCAUAUCUGAACUAGAGAAGAAGAAACUGAAAAAGAAGGAAGAACAACAAAGGCUUGAUGAAGAGGGUGCUGCAAUUGCAGAGGCUGUUGCUCUGCAUGUAUUACUUGGUGAGGACUCUGAUGAUCCAUGUAAAAUUGUGCUAAACAAAGAAGAGGGUUUCAACCCUUGGGAUUGUGCUAGUAGUAUCAAUCUCUUAAUGGGUGAACAAAGAGCAUGCAUUCCGCAUCAGGACCACUUGAGGCAUUCACGUGAAAGUGUUGGGUGGAUUUCCAAUGCAUGUGGAACUGGAUGUGAGUGGAGUGAAAUGGAAAACAGCAACUGGUCAUUCUCGUAUGGGUCUUUUGGAAGAGAUCUUCAUGCACCAUACUUUGAGGAGGAAGGUUGGGGGACAACAGAACUCUCAGCUGAUCUCAUUGCAGCACAAGCUGUUUCAUCACUCCAGAUUGCUGAGGAUGCACGUGUCGGCACAAUUGUCUUCAAUGGAAUGCUAGGAGGAUAGAUGAAAAGCACUCUGUCGCCUCUAAAAUUGAGUGACGAUCUUAGUUCUAAAUAAUGGCUUUGUAUAUAUUGGUUAAAGUCUCCUCCUUGUUUAUCAGAUCUGUAUGUUGCAGCUUCUGCGUUAAUCAAAUGUUGCACUAUCGUGCUUGCUGUUGUC